UUCUGUCUUGUAGGAGGAACCAGUGCUCAAACGUUCAAAUGGAUCGGCUGUACCAGACUUUCCUAUCGUUCUUUCAAGUGAACUGUCUGAUCCUGAUAGUAAGGAAAGCGACGAGGAAGAAGACGAAGGUAUGGUGUGUCCCUUGUGUAAAACUGGUAAGCCACCUAACGAAUUUCCUACUGCGACUGUUACAGAGGAUUGUCAUCAUGCUCCGCUUGCGUGUUUGAGAUGUGUUGUAAAGCACGCAAAGGAAAAUGGAACAUGCACAAACAGAAACUGUGAUGCUAGGGUUGAUCCAAAUAGUAAAAUUGUGCAGCUUUUCCAAGCCAAACUUGACAGGAUGUUUGUUGAUUACAGAAAGGUGAUGAAGCAACGAGCUCAGCUUUUGAGACCACAAGGAAAUGUCAUUAGUGUGUCCACAAUAAAUGGUGAUACAGAGUGGAUACCAUUCCAUGUUAGUAUGCGUAUUGAUGACAUUAAAGAUGAAAUACAUCAGAGGCUGCAUCUACCAAAGGAGCAACAGAGAUUACUCUACAAUGAUACCAAUCUAAAGCCGGACAUGACGUUAAGCGACUACAACAUUGGAUGCAAUGACAACAUUUCACUUAUUCUUCCUCUCUACUGUAUUCCUGAGCACCUAGAUCAUGUGAUAUUUGACCUGUCUUGGGAAUUCCCUUCUGUGAAUCCGGAUUUCCUCGACGCAACAUGUAUGGCAUUUGACAAAACAAGCUUUGUUCAAGUAAUUGACUGGAAUCAUCCGGCAAACAGAUACUAUCUGAGAAACUCUAUAAAACAUUCAGAGAAAAGCUUUACGGGCCCAGGUGCCAAAACUGGGCAUCAGACAAUACAUGUAUACCUUAAGCAUGUUCCACAUAGUAUAACUCAUUUGUAUUUUAUCCUGAGUUCUUGGAGAUCACCGAAUCUAUCUGCAUUCAAAAAUCCUUCGUUAAAAUUUUACGAGGCCUCCAAUGAUAAUGCCAAUUUAUGCGAAACAACGUUUACCCAUGCUUUAAACUCACAAGCCGUUAUUAUGUGUUCCGUUGUUCGUACAGGAAUGAAAUGGCAAAUAUUUGAAUGCAGUACAGGUAGUCUUGUCGGUGGGAAUGCCAAACGAUACAAUCCAAUUCGAGCAAGGAUCGAAGAACUGAUAAGAAAUGAGAUAUGAACAUCAGUUUGUACAAAGAACCGAAUCACUUGUUUAGUCGUCAAUAUCGUGACAGAUUUCUAAUGCUAUUUUGUAAGAAGUUAACAAACAUAAUACAUUUGUAUCACACAAUUUAAAGAUUUUCAUUGAAUGCAAUCUUGAUUCUUUCGAAUCGUUUGGCCUAAACAUAUUUCUCGUUGGAAAAUCAUGUGUGAUUGUUUUGGCAAAUUGUACUAAAAAACAAACAAUGUUUUCAAAUUUUAUAAUAAUAUUCCUUUUAGAUUUUUUUUGCUAAAAUUCUGAAUUAUGAAAAAAAUCUUAUGAGACUCUGUCAAAAUGGAGGCAUGGGUGCGAUUUAAGACAUUGGGUGAUACAGUUGAAAAUAUACUUUCAUUAAGCUUUUUUUCAACUAUAUAUUCAAAGUUCAAACUGGUAAUAUCGUUGCUUUUAUUUCUGCACACUAUUAAUGUAAAAGUGCGUCGUCCAUCAUUAACACAUCAUUCAUAUGUUUGGCCCACUCUUAAUGACACUCAGUCUCUCAGACUGUUUGCAGGCACGAUACUUAGACACCGUGGGUAGAAAGCAAGGUCACAAGGUCAAAUUAUUAAUAACCUUGUUAACAGUCUGCAGAACGCAUUUGCAACUUCAUGUGUAUGACAUUUGUCGGAAUGUUUGACUUCAUAAAAUAUAGGUUAAACGGAAAAAACGAAACAAGUAAAUUAUUUUUUCUUGAUGACCUAGGGUUGAAGAAGGAAUUUAAAUACGACCAUGAUAAAAGCUGUAUUUCUCACUAUAUUCUUCUUCGAUUGAUGGAAAUGAAAAACAUGGACCUAAGUAAUUUCGUUUCUUAAGUUGUUAUUUGCUUUUGACCAAAUAUUUUCUCAAAAUUGCUGCCCUUGAUAAAGUUCUUUUUAUGUCAAUGUAAAGCAAGUCUUGCAAAACAGAUAAAUGUUUAGAUUUAUUUUGACAUGUUCUAGAAUUUAGUCAGAUUGAAUACUUGGUAAAUGUAUUCUUUAAUGUAAUUUUCAAUUUGUCAAAAGUAUUUUACAAUAUCUAAUAGAAUGACCAUGUACGUUGUCUGCUUCUUUUAAACUAUAUAUUGAACAGUGAUUUUAUUGUAUACUUCAUGUGUGUGUGUGUGUGCGUGCGUGCGUGCGUGUGUGUGUGUGAAUAGAUAAGACGCUUGUUAUCUAAUGAUAUAUACUAGAUAAAAAGUAAAGUCACUGAAGUCAUAUUAACGCGUAUAAUGAAAGGAAAGCAACAGAAAGCAUGUCCAAGUACCUUGAUCCCCCCAAAAAAUCAUGAAAAAUGUCAAGUACAUGUUUUCCAUAUUGUCACGUAGUGUCACGUACUUAGAACAUUCUUGAAAAGUUGCCCCCCCCUUUAAAAAUCAAUUUUUUAAAGAAAUAAAGAUAAACAAUUUUCAUAACUGGUGAAAACGAUGUUAAACCUAGUUAUGUCAAAUUUCAUUUGGGACAUUGUUCCAAACCAUGCCCCAAAAGCGAGUUGCUAGUCUAAUAAACACCAUCAAAAACAUAUUCGAAUUUCACAUGCGAAUGAGCUAAUGGAUCGCUAAUUAACAUGUGUCACUUAGCAACAUUCUAAUGCAGCGCAUAAUAAACCGCUAAUGGAUCGCAUAAUACAUCGCUAUGUAACACAUAAUAGAUCGCUUAAUUGAUCGCAUAAUAUAGCUUAAUGAACGCAUAAUAGAUCGCUUAAUGGAAUGCACAAUAGACCACUUAAUGGAAGGCAUACUAGAUCGCUUAAUAGGUCGCUCAAUGGAAUGUGUUUCAACAAACAGAUACAUUGCUCACAACAUGCUGUAUUCAAUUGAAAUCAUUCGGCAAAUUGUUGAUGUGACUCAGGAUUAGCCUAGAUGUACAGAAACAGUUGAAAAGGCCUUUCUAGCAUUGCUUCAAUGUAUAUAUAUCUUAUGCACGACAUGAUACAAAUUUAGAAAUUAUUCAACGUUUUCAUUUCGUGGGAUUCAGUUUUACACAUAUCAUUUGAUAAAUCAGCUAACAGAAUAUCCAUCUUUAUGAAAUAUUGAUAGACAAAGAGAAACAUACAUUCGCAACUUUUCAUGUUACACGGUAUGCCAUUUGAAUCAACAUUCCAAAAACUAAAAUGAUAUCUUGAAUUCUAUCAUAUGCUAAUUUUAUUGAAAUCUUAAACAUUACAACAUUAAAAUGCGUUUAUUUAUACAGAAUUGUAUGUAUUAAGAAAAUACCUGUAGAAGCAUAUAAACGUUAUAUAAAUAAAAUAACAUCGA